AUGGAUUUGCCACCAACGAAGGAGGACAUUGAAGCAGUUUUCCAAAGAUUGCGGUCAAUCGCGGGAAAUAAAGUAUGUUUCGAUUGCAACGCGAAAAAUCCAACCUGGUCCAGUGUCACAUAUGGGGUGUUCAUAUGCAUAGACUGCUCUGCAGUGCACCGCAGUCUAGGGGUGCACCUGACUUUUGUGAGGUCCACCCAACUGGACACCAACUGGACUUGGAUCCAACUCAGACAGAUGCAGUUAGGGGGCAACAGUAAUGCUUCACAAUUUUUCAAUCAACAUAACUGUAACACCAAUGAUGCUCAGAAAAAAUACAAUUCUAGAGCUGCCCAAUUGUAUAGAGAAAAGCUGAGUCAAGCUGCUGCAAAUUCUCUCAAAAAUAGUAAAGAGUUGAUCUCCACAAAAUACAGUGGAUUCUUUUUGAUGGAUAAUCAGAAGUUGCACAUUCAUCCUCAGGCCCAGGAAAAUAAGGAAGAGAAAGAGGCAGACUUUUUCACAGAACAUGAAAAUUUUGCCUUGCAGGAUUUACCUCUCAAUCAACAAUUGAAUGUUCCAACUGAAAAUCCUAAACUUGAUUCAGCAAAUGAAAAUUCAAACCUUGAAGGGCCAAAAGUAGAUUUUUCAUUGGGAAAUGCUGAACCCAGAAAAUCUGCCAUUACUGCAAGGAAAGCUCCUGCCAAAAAAUCAACUUUGGGCGCCAAAAAAUCCGGCUUGGGCGCCACCAAAGUAACCACCAACUUCGCCGACGUGGAACGCGAAGCCGCUUUAGCAGAGGAAUCCCGUUUGCGCGCGCACGAGGAGCGGCGGCAGGCGGCGGUGACGAAUGCGCGCGAGCAGGAGGAAAGGGAAGCGGCGGUGCGAUUGGCCUACCGCGAUUUAGAAGCGAGGCAGCAUGACAAGGAGGAGCGCAUGCGUAAGGAAGACCCGAAGAGGGCGGAGCAGAUGGAAAGGCUCGGGAUGGGGAUAAAUACGAGGAGUGGAAUAAGUCAUUCUGCGCUAAGUGACAUGCAGACGAUUGAACAGGAAAACGUAAAUUCUACUUCAAAUACUCUCUCAUCUCUCGGAAAAUUGCGACUUUCUGACAACGAUGGGUUUUUUGAUGACUACUCUUUUGGCAACUCAUUCAGCAUGAACAGGAAUACAAGUGGAGGCACUGGCAGUGCCAAAAUCGAUGCUUUCCUAGCAGGGUAUGCCGAGGCUAAUUCAAAGAUGAAAGAUAACAGCUGGGUCAUCAUUGAUGAUCCUCCAGAAAAGGAAAAACCCAAAAGCGUCUCCUAUGAGAGAGAGAAGCCUUCAAGAAGUACAGAAUCUGCAUCUACCUCCGACGAAGCCCAAAAAAAAUUCGGAAAUGCUAAAGCCAUCUCUUCAGACCAAUAUUUCAACAAUCAGAGCAACGAUUAUGAAACCAAAGCCAAUCUCAGCAGAUUCCAAGGUUCUUCCAGUAUAUCAUCGGCCGAAUAUUUCGGAAAUGGCAGAGAGACUACACCAUCUAGCAGCAAUUUACCUGAUUAUGAUUUGGAAGAUGUGAAGGAGAGCGUUAGACAGGGUGUAACGAAAGUAGCUGGCAAACUGGGAUCGCUUGCAAAUGGUUUCAUGUCUUCCAUACAGGUAGACCGUUAUGGUUACUAG